AGGGCAUGCUGGRAUAGGGUUAUUCUCUUAAGCUUGUAGCUUUGCAGUUUUGGGAGCUAUCACUGCUAUCUCCUCGAAAAGUCUGACGCUUUAGAAAUCACUAUUCUCUAGUAUAUGAACUGGUAUCCUCCUUUUCAAAUAUUUAGGAUAUAUUUAAGACAUUUAAGAGACAUCUCUUGGUGUAGAGUGAACAUAUAACUAAAACGUUUCUAUCAAAUCAUGAAACCGGAAGUAGGGUUUCGAUCGAUCACAUGAAUUGAAGGCCUCAAAUCAUGUUAAUUAAUCGUGGUCAUCGUAACUGGUCUAAUUGAGUUGAUAUGACUGAGAAGAAGUGGGCUUCUUCACUUGACGUUUCAGAGGAAACUAUCUUGUACGGCGAGAGCAUCGGGAAAGGCUCGUUCGRUGAAGUAUGGUCUGCUGUAUGGUGUGGAUCUCAAGUGGCAGCCAAAACGAUCCACGAAAAGUACUUUAAAAAAGAAUAUGAUCAGGAAAUAAGAGACUUUUACAUAGGAAAACUCAGAAAUGAAUGGAAAGUAUUACAGGAGCUGGUCCAUCCAAACAUCGUACGAAUGUAUACAGUACUCUUCCCUCCACACAAUUCACCGGUAAUUGUUAUGGAACGGAUGCACUGUGACCUUCUGCACUACAUUGAAAACUCCACAAGUAUUCCUAAAGUCAGUCCAAGUAAAGGGUUGUCAAUUGCUCUAGGAGUUGCUGAAGGGUUGGAAUAUCUACAUGGAUUUCGCCCGGAUCCCGUGGUACAUCGAGAUCUUGCUACCAAGAACAUUCUGCUAACAGUGGAUGGCCAACCAAAGAUUGCAGAUCUUGGGGUGGCUAGAAUAUUUGCUGCUGGUAAGGAUGAUUUUGCUACAGCAAGGCCAGGUACUCCCUUGUAUGCUGCGCCUGAAACCUAUAAGAAGAUUAUCGGAGGUGAUACGGCUAAAUAUGGACCUAAAGUGGACAUAUUUUCCUUUGGUGUUGUAGUGCUGGUAAUCAAUAUAGGCCAUGAACCUGUUUACUUGCCUAUAAAUCGUCCAAAAGGACCCAAACUUUCUGAAUUAAAAAAGAGAGAAAAGGAUAUCCAGAAAAUACAAGACCCCGGGAUUAGACAGCUUGUAAUUCAUUGCCUUCAAGAGAAAGGUUCCAAUAGACCAAGCGCAUGCAUGAUAGUGACAGACCUACGAAGAAUUAAAGAUGAAAGACAAGGUCAAAUGGUAACAUGCCCUCAAGCUGUCACUUUUGAGAAAGUUUCUCCUCAACCUUCUUGUGAUUACGCGUUCAAAGUGCUUUUCCUUGGAAAUAGAUAUGUUGGGAAGUCCUGCUUGUUUGAGCUACUAAAAAAUCCAGUAUAUAAGAUUAAACAAACUAUGCCAUUGACUAUGUCAAUAUUCCCAGUCAUACAAUGGUUUCAGUAUAGUUCUUUUUUCGUUAAGAUGGAAAUAGCAGACACUUCAGGAGAAGAGCGUUUCUUUUCCUUGACAUCAAGUUACUAUCGUGAUGUGCAUGGUGCUUUUCUAACCUACGAUAUUUCUAGUGAGGAGUCAUUAGAAAAACUGCCAUUCUGGAUUAAAAAUUUAAAAACAUACAACAAUAAAGAUAACACCAAGAUGCUUCUAGUUGGAAACAAAUUGGAUUUAAGACAAAGCAUGAAACCACAGGAGAUGGUUCCAAAAGAAAAAGCUUUGGCGUUUGCAAAUAUGUUAGAGUGUCCUUAUGUAGAAACAAGCGCGAAAGACAUUGACAGUGUAAUGGCAAUGUACAAGAAGAUGGUUGAAAUUCUGAUAAGUGAAGUCAACCAUGAUGAUGUCAGAAUUCAAAUGGAAGAAGAAAAGCAAGGAAAUGAAAGAUCUACUAUAAAUCUGUUUACACAAUCAAAGAGGAAAUUAAGGAACAAUGUGAGUUGUCCCUCUCCCUCUUGCAAAAAUUCUUGAAUUUCAAGCUGAGUUGAGGAUCUGAAACAUACACUGAAGGCACAGACAACUCAGAAUUACUCUACACCUGCAUGAGGUGAACGGAAAAUAAAUCUCUCAUUUUUGAAUUGCAUUUGUUCUAUUCUGCUUAUAUUUGAAUCAAUUCGAAAACUUGUUUGAAAUCAUUGUUUGCUUCUUCUAGAAACAUAGUAAUAAGGUUAAUUGGUCAGAACAUGUGAUUUGUAUUCAUGAUAUAUCUAUAUAUCAUGAUAUAUAACUAUAACUAACUCGGAAAAUUAGAAUUAAUAACACAAUACUUACAUUUAAAUAACUUUAGGUUGGAUCCAUUAAUUGAAAUCCAAGAGCAAUCAUUCCUAGGUAAAGAAAGAAAAUGCAUGCUUGCUUCAAUUCAGCACAAAAAUGAUAAAUAGGUAUAGAAAUCAAUUACUCACCCAUCUUGCCAUGAUUUCCAGCAUUGCACUUGGCUAUGAGAGUUGUGUCUUAUUUUUCGAUACUUUAAGACUGCGGGUAAUUUCAGCACAAACAAGAAUGUUGUAAAGUAGUUACAUUGGGCAAAAAGCUUUGAAAGAGCUGGUUAUCAUGACGAAUUGAAGAUAAAAA